AUGCACCGGCGCCACGCCAACCUGGCGCUCAGUCAGAACAUCUCGGCCGUGCUGGAGAACCUGCUGAAGGACUACGACAACAUGCAGCGGCCGGCCAGCGGCGUCGGUCCCACCCGUGUCCGCACGAACAUGCUGAUCCGCAGCAUGGGUCCCAUCUCCGAACUAGACAUGGAGUACUCGAUGGACUGCUACUUCCGCCAAAUGUGGCGCGACGAACGUCUCAGCUUCAACAGCUCCAUCGACCAGCUGAGUCUGAACAUCAAAAUGCUGGAGGGCAUCUGGAAGCCGGACACUUAUUUCUUGAACGGCCGCGGCAGCUACGUGCACAUGAUCACGCGGCCCAACAAGCUGAUCCGGCUCAGCAGCAACGGCAGCAUCCUCUACUCGAUGCGGCUGACGAUCAAGGCCAAGUGCCCUAUGCUUCUUCAGCACUUCCCGAUGGACAAGCAGACAUGCCCUCUCAUCAUUGGUAGCUAUGCGUACACGGACCGCGACCUUGUGUACGAGUGGGACCAAGAGAUCAACGUCGGCCUGGCCCGCGGCAUCUACCUCUCGCAGUUCGACCUAAUCUCGUUCCCGUUCCGGAACGCCACGGUCCAUCGCAAGAGCGGGAAGAAGAACGCCGAGGAGUACUCAAUUUUACAAGUGAACUUCAACCUGCAGCGGCACACGGGCUACUUCAUGAUCAACGUGUACCUGCCGUGCACCCUGAUCGUGGUGCUCUCCUGGGUGUCGUUCUGGAUCAACCGAGAGGCUACGGCCGACCGCGUCAGCCUCGGCAUCACGUCUGUGCUGACCUUGUCCACUAUAAGCAUCGAGUCUCGCACUUCACUGCCCAAGGUGUCCUACGCCACCGCCCUGGACUGGUUUCUGUUGGUCAGCUUCGGCUUCGUCAUCGCCACACUGCUAGAGUUUGCUAGCGUGCACUUCUUUACUAAGGUGGGCAGCGGGGAGUUCCCGGUGCUGGAUGACUCUAACGCGGAGCGGGAGGGAAGGUCGCCGGAGGAGGACGAGUGGGAGGACGUCGAGCUGGAGGAGUUGUCGCCCGACGAUCCUCCCGGCGGCCUCGCGUCACGUGACGCCAUAAAACACCGGCUUCCCUCCAACGGAUCGAAGGAUCUGCAUCAGCGCCGCUCGUCCGCCUCCAGCAUCAACUCGGUCAGCAUGAUCGACCGUGUGUCGCGCGUGCUCUUCCCGCUGCUCUUCGGCGUGCUGAGUCUGUUCUACUGGACGCUGUACUGGUCGCAGCCGCCGCCCAACACGUGGGCCCUGACGGACUGA